AUGGAGGAUAGAUACCAUGAGAGAGAUAGAACUUACGAAAAUAAUUACUUCAUACGCAAUGCAUGCAACUUUCUGUUGUCAAAGCAGCUAAAUACAGGUGGAUGGGGAGAGACUUAUCUUUCUAGUGAAAAUCAGUCUUAUGUGGAUGCGGGGAGUCCUCAUGCAGUCAACACUGCUUGGGCAAUGUUAGCUUUAAUUUAUGCUGGGCAGGUUGAGCGAGAUCCCACACCACUAUAUCAUGCUGCAAAAGAAUUGGUCAAUAUGCAACUAGACACAGGCGAGUUUCCCCAGCAAGAACACGUUGGAUGCUUCAACUGCUCCUUUUACUACAAUCACGGCAACUACAGCAAUUUAUUCCCCAUCUGGGCUCUUGGGGAGCUUCGUCGUCGACUGCGUGAGAAGAACUGA